AAAUAUGGAUGGGCGCCUUGGACCAGCCACUGUGGUCCUGGAUCACACAAGUGGUUUUGAGGGGUUGCUGCUCGUGGAUGAUGAUUUACUUGGGGUUGUUGGUCACAGUAACUUCAGCUCAAUCAGAGCUACCUCAUGCGUGUUUAAAGGAAAAUGGAUGUAUGAAGUUCUGAUUUCAUCUCAGGGGUUGAUGCAGAUUGGUUGGUGCACCCUAAACUGCAGGUUCAAUCAGGAGGAGGGCGUCGGUGAUACAUCAGAUUCUUACGCUUACGAUGGAAAUAGAGUGCGCAAGUGGAAUGUCACCACAACUAAUUAUGGAAAAAUAUAA